UAUUUAAACCAACCCUUCCCAUCAUUCAUCUUCAUCUUCAUCUUCAUCUUCUCUUGCUAUCUUUCUACGCAAUUUCCGCCAUGGCAGAUGCACUUCAGAACGUCAAUGUUAUCUCCUCCUCAAAGAAGAGGGCGACACCCGACGACUCUAACCAUGACGAUGACUUCAUCUCCAAGAAACUACCAGCAAAACCCACAUGGGGAGACCCUGUAUCGGCUUUAGCCAAUGCUCGCCAUGAAUUUGGAGAGCAUGGUGGAGUUAACAUGUCGAUUGAAGCCUCCGCCACCUUCACCGUCAUGGAGCCUGAGACUCUCAGCCGUAUGUUCGCCGGAGAGUUAGGUCCCGAUCGUGAUUUUUUUAUCUACAGUCGUCAUUUCAACCCCACCGUCCUCAACCUCGGCCGUCAGAUGGCGGCGCUUGAAGGGACCGAGGCGGCGUACUGUACGUCCAGUGGCAUGUCUGCCAUCUCCUCGAUUUUGUUGCAGUUGGUCAGCAGCGGCGAGCAUAUCGUGGCGUCUCAGACGCUUUACGGUGGGACACACGCCCUUCUCACCCAUUUUCUUCCGAGGUCGUCGAACAUAACGACGUCGUUUGUUGACAUAAGGGAUUUGGAGAAGACGAAAGAGGCAAUCAUUGAAGGACGCACAAAGGUUUUGUACUUUGAAUCGAUGUCUAACCCAACUUUAACUGUGGCGAACAUCCCAGAGCUUUCUAGAAUAGCCCAUGAAAAGGGUUUGAUGGUGGUGGUUGACAACACUUUUGCUCCGAUGGUGGUUUCGCCGGCGAGGAUGGGUGCCGACGUCGUAGUCCAUAGUAUCUCAAAGUAUGUUAGCGGUGGAGCCGACAUAAUUGCUGGGGCUGUUUGUGGGCCAGCGAGUCUGGUGAACUCUCUCAUGGACCUUCACCAAGGGGCUCUUAUGUUACUAGGUCCAACCAUGAAUGCCAAGGUUGCAUUCGAGUUGUCUGAAAGAAUUCCUCAUUUGGGACUUCGAAUCAAAGAACACUGCCACAGGGCUUUGGUGUACGCCCAAAGGAUGAAGAAAAUGGGGCUGAAAGUGAUCUAUCCAGGGUUAGAAGACCACCCUGAUCACCGUCUCUUGAAAUCCAUUGCAAACAAGGAGUAUGGUUAUGGUGGGAUGCUCUGUUUGGAUAUGGGAACUGAAGCUCGAGCCAAUAAGCUGAUGAAUCUGUUGCAGAACCAUACCCAAUUCGGGCUCAUGGCGGUUAGUCUUGGUUACUAUGAGACACUCAUGUCGUGCUCGGGUAGCAGCACGAGUAGUGAACUGAAUGAAGAAGAGCAGGCACUGGCGGGCAUUUCGCCUGGUUUGGUUAGGAUGUCGAUCGGUUACAGUGGGACUCUGGAACAAAGGUGGAACCAGUUUGAGAAGGCUCUUUCGAAACUCCAAGAUUCGAGCUUGUGCUCAAAGAAUUAGAUUUACAAAAUGGGUUUAUGAUAUGGGUUCUUGAUUGUGGUUCAUGUUGGACAGUGUUAUGUUUAUCAGAGUCUUGAAGUAAUCCCAUGCCACUGAUUUAUAGUCAUUGAAUUGGGGUUUUAUGCCAUUUGUAAAUCUUUUUAGCUUCAUUUCUGGAAAGGCUGCUUAGACGUGACCACUUCAUCUUGGUCAAUAACAUAAAUUAAAGUUGUUUGCUUUAAUUUUGUGAA